GUGACUGGAUCACAUGACGCGUGACGUCACCGCUAUUCUCCACACCUCCUCGCAGCCGCGGUCAUGGCCGCCUCCUCUGCGGCGUCGUCGCCCUCCUCGGCCCCCCGCGCCCUGGGGUCCCUGCGCGCCCUUUGCGGCCUCCACGUGCUGGACGAUGUGCGCAGGAUGAACAAGCGGCAGCUUUACUACCAAGUACUCAACUUCGGCAUGAUCGUGUCGUCGGCGCUGAUGAUCUGGAAAGGCCUCAUGGUGGUGACGAACAGCGAGAGUCCCAUCGUCGUGGUGCUGAGUGGCAGCAUGGAGCCGGCGUUUCACCGCGGAGACCUGCUCUUUCUCACAAACCACCAAGAGACGCCAAUUCGCGUAGGGGAGAUCGUGGUGUUCAAGGUGGAGGGACGAGAAAUCCCCAUCGUCCACCGCGUCAUCAAAAUCCACGAAAAAGAGAAUGGAGAGGUGAAGUUUCUAACGAAAGGAGACAACAACUCUGUGGAUGACCGUGGCCUGUACAAGCCAGGCCAAAACUGGCUCGAACGCAAGGAUGUGGUGGGCCGGGCACGCGGGUUUGUUCCCUACAUUGGAAUUGUGACAAUUCUGAUGAACGACUACCCCAAGUUUAAGUACGCGCUGCUCGCCUGCUUGGGUCUUUUCGUUCUCAUACAUCGUGAGUGACGGAGGAGGAGGGAGCUCGGUUCCCCGAUACACGGCCACACGGCGGUGCGCUCUGCGUGUCGCCGUACUAUCUACACGGAAACACCGAGCAGCGCAGCCGCACGUCACGGGGGUCCCCGCCUCCCCCGCCUCCCUUAGCACCGCCAGUCGAGCCAACUGCACCAGCCUGUCAUCAAUAAACAUCACAGUCGCUUAGCAACACCUAAGCACAUCAUACACCACACUUAGGGGUUUACACAACAGCUUUUACAGCAGGCUAAUAGUAUCUUAAAGGUCACAUGUAAAGUUUUUCCUCUCUAUGGACUUAUGCUUCAAGCCAGGAUGGUUAAUUUGUAUGGUUCUCCUAAACACACGUUUGACUGGCUCUAAGCCUCCAUAAUCAACAUCUGUCAUUGGGAAUCCAUCUGCAUUUAUUUUGCCCAUAUCACAAACCCGCACUGAUCAGUGUGGUGAAGUACAAUCGUUUUUCGCCAGCAUGGUUAAUUUCUAAAUAAUCUUCAUGGCUUGCUGUCGGAGCAUACAUUAGAAUUACAUUCAACUUACAAUGCUGCAGGAGCCUAGGUGUGAGCUGGACAACUGUCCGCAGCACUCCUCAACAUUGUAUGGUUCUGAGAGAGACUCGGGUCCGUAUUCUUAGUCACGGCUCGGCUCAGGUUUGGCUCUGGAUUGGAUCAAGUGAUCCAGCUCAGAGCCGUGCUUAACAUGAGCCAGCUCUGAGCUUGGUCCCAGCCACACCGGGGAAUUCCAUGAGCCGAUCCUGAGCAAAGCCAUGGCUGAGCCGCUCGGGCAUCUUUGGAAGUAACGGAGUGGCUCAAACCUGAGCUGAGCCGCGACUGUAAAUACAUCCCUAACAAACCCACUGUUCCAAAAUCAUUUCCACCUGCGAUGUACAAGGUUACACUUUGUUGGUAAUCAGUUUAAUCUGUUUUCUCACUUCUAAAAGUAAACUCAAGCAAGCAGUUAAUUUGUGGUUAUUGCUGCAGGCCCCUUGGUACCUCAAAACUCGAUACUCCAACUCAACAUUCCACCCCCACCGCUCUGCCAAUGUUGAAACCUUCUCUUGUGUACCAUAUUCUCAUCCAUCCUCUUCACCUUAACCCUCCACCUCCCUCGAGUGUCUUGAGUCUCUCUUGCCACUCCUCUCCCAUCAUCCACCUGUGUUUUGCCAUCCUGCAAGGCGACUUAUCGUGGUGCCUCCUGCUGUCAUCCGUGCCAAUGACGGAGUCCCUGCUCGUGGCUGAGCUUCAUAUGCAGUGUCAGAAUCCGUACCAUAUUUUGUAAAUCUGUCGAAUAAAGGUUUGGUUUAAAAAUAUA